AACGAGCAUGGGUGACGCUGGCCACAAAUGACUCCUAUGGCCUGGGAGCACUGGUCUUGGCACACUCCCUGCGUCGCGUCGGUUCCACGCACUCCACUGUGGUCCUCAUCACGCCAUCAGUCACUGAUGCCAUGAGAGAUCGUCUCCACGCAGUAUUCACGGAGGUGGUGACCGUGGACGUGUUAGACUCGCGUGACGCGGCGCACCUGGCGCUUCUGCAGCGGCCCGAGCUGGGCAUCACCUUCACAAAGAUCCACUGCUGGGAGCUCACGCAGUACGAGAAGUGCGUGUUCCUGGACGCUGAUACCCUGGUGGUACAGAACUGCGAUGAGCUAUUCGAGCGGGAAGAGCUCUCGGCGGCGCCCGACGUCGGCUGGCCCGACUGCUUCAACUCCGGCGUGUUCGUCUUCACGCCCUCCACUGCGACCUUCGACGCGCUCGUCAAGUUCGCGCAGGAGCGCGGCAGUUUUGACGGUGGCGACCAAGGACUUCUAAACUCUUUCUUCUCGGACUGGGCCCGCGGAGACAUCAACAAGCACCUGCCUUUCCUCUACAAUGUGACGUCAGCUGCCUUCUACUCCUACCUGCCUGCUCUCAAACACUACGGGCAAGACCUGAAGAUCAUCCACUUCAUCGGCGCGGCCAAGCCGUGGCUGCAGCCCUACAACUUCGAGACUCGUACCGUGUCCGCGCCCGACCACAUCCAGGGCCUUCUACAACUCUGGUGGGACCUCUUCGUCGGCCAGGUGCACCAUCAGCUCGAUACCUCCAUGGUUGAGGACGUUGAGCUAGACGCGCCCCCGAUGCCCCCUCCGGACGCACAACAUUACGAGCCCAGCUUGGACCCGACGUCCGAGUUCCGGUGGCACCACCCCGACGCACAACCACAAGACGACGCGGUAGCGGACCAACCCGACCUCACAGACUUCUACGACCCCUGGCAGAAUUACAAGGGAAACAUCCCACCAAAUCCGAACCCUGAAGCUUCCGACGAUCACAAGGCAGUGAGAGACUACGCGUGGGAAUAUAGAGCACCGGCACACACCGAUGCGUGGCAGCCGCCCGCCCACCAGCACGACACACACUGGCACAACCCACCCCACCACACACACAGCCACGAGCACAGAGACCACUGGGACCACUCUCACACUCACACUCAUCACAUCGACGAACACCACGGCCGGUACCAUCAACACGAGAGCGGGGUUGCGGGCAACCUGGCGCGCGUGGUGCCCGGCGCCGCGGCGCGCGAGGCGCUGGACGAGCUGACGCGCCGCCAGGGCUGGGAGGCCGGCAACAUCGACUACAUGGGCGCCGACUCCUUCGACAACAUCUGGGCCAAGAUCUCGCAGACCCUCAACCAGCCAAGGUCGUCGCCGCCCAAGGACCAGCCCGAGCAGCCGUCGCCGCCUAAAGAGCAGCCCAAGCAGCCCUCGCCUCCCAAGGAGGCCCCGAAGCAGCCCUCGCCUCCCAAGGAGGCUCCGAAGCAGCCUUCGCCUCCCAAGGAGGCCCCGAAGCAGCCCUCGCCUCCGAAAGAGCCCGCGCCCAAGCAGCCCUCCCCGCCUAAAGAGGCUCCCGCGGAAGCGAAACCCGCGGAAGCCCCCGCGGAGGCGAAGCCCGUCGAAGUCCCGGUCGCCGAGGCGGCAGGUAAACCGACUCCCGUAUCUCCCGCCGCAGAAACCCCGGCCCCCGCGGAGGCCCCGGCACCCGCUGAGGCUCCUGCACCCGCGGAGGCUCCUGCACCCGCGGAGGCCCCUGCACGUGCGGAGGCUCCUGCACCUGCGGAGGCCCUGGCGCCCACCCCGGCGGCCGAAGCGCCCGUAGCGCCGGCGGCGGCCGCCCCCACACAAGCCGCCCCGGCGCCGGCCGCCGAGCCUCCGAAAGAGGAGAUCAAAGAAAAGACUGACAAACCUGAAGUUCCUCCCACCCCGCCGGCCACGCCGAAGUCUACCCCGGAGCCCUCCACCCCGGUCGCCGAAGCCCCGCCCGCCGCCGCGCCCGCGCCCGCGACGCCGACGGUGGAGGCCCCCGCGCCUCCGGCUCCCACGGCCUCGGCCCCCGCGCCUCCGGCUCCCGCGGCCUCGGCCCCCGCGAGCCCGGCGGCGACCCCGGAGAAGGCUGCGGACGCGACGGCCGCGUCCAGCGACAGCCCGCCGCUCGCCAACACGCCCUCGAAGGAGGACGCGCCCGUAGACCCCGCCGCCAAAUCGGAGGAGCGCGAGCGCAGAAAGAAGGUGGAGAAGCUCCAGCUGAGCCCGCCCGCCGCCGCCGACCCGCUCGCCACGCCCGACUCCGAGCUCGAGGACGCCGCCGCGCUCGCGCAGUCCAUCAUCGCCGCCGAGCUCACGCCCACUGACCCUCCCGUAGCUUCUCCCGUGUCGCUCGCGCAGAUCGGCGUCAAGCCCAAGGGCAAGUCCACUGCUGCACAAAUUGAAUCCUCCGUGGCUCCGGCUACACCUAGUGAUGAGACACCCGUUACGCCUUCCGCGGCGCCCGCUACACCAGGCGCGGCGGCGCCAGCAUCGCCAACCGCGCCAGCACCAUCUACGCCAAGUGCGGCGGCGCCAUGUAUGCCAAGCGUGGCGGCACCAUCCACACCAGUCACCGCGGCGCCAUCUGCGCCAAUAGCGGCGGCGCCAUCUACGCCAAUCGCCGCGGCGCCAUCUACGCCAGUCGCCGCGGCGCCAUCUACGCCAGUCGCCGCGGCGCCAUCUACGCCAGUCGCCGCGGCACCAGCUACGCCAAGUUCAAAAGCGCCCGCUAAGCUAAGCGCGGCAGCGCCCGCUACGCCAAGCGCUGCGGCACCAUCUACGCCAAUCGCAGCGGCGCCAUCUACGCCUAUCGCAGCGGCGUCAUCUACACCAAUCGUCGCGGCGCCAUCUACGCCAACCACAAAAGCGCCCGCCACUCCUACCACUGCACCCGCCACGCCAGUGGCAGAAACGCCCGCUACUCCAGUGGCGGCUGCUACACCUAGUACUCCAAUCUCAGAGGCGCCCCCUACCCCAAGCUCAGAGCCCUCCACCCCUAGCGCAGAGGCGCCCCCUACGCCGACGUCGGCGGAAGCACCCAAGGACGCCCCCAAAAAGAAGGUCGUAAAGAAAGUCGUCAAAAAGGAGGGCGACGCGCCGGUGCCGCCGCCGCGCAAGAAGGAAAAGAAACCCAAAGAAAAGUGAGCGCUCACCACUCGACACUUCCUCUGUGCCAUAUUUUUAACCUCUUUUCUACUUUAAUUGUUACUCUUAAGUUUAUUUAAUUUUCGAAUAUGCUUUCAUGUGCCGCGUAACCUUAUACUUGUGUUAGAUAGGUAUUAUUGUGUUAACAAUUUGCAUCACACAAUUAUAAUAUGUACUUUCUAGUCUAUAUAUGUAUAGCCCAGUCGAGUAUUGGUAGACGUGAAAAUUGGAUAUUUUAUUUUGUCUUACAGUUAUUUACAAAAUAUUUAAAAAACUUACUUUGUUAUAAUAAAUCAUAUUUUGGUUAUUCUUUGGAAUAAAUUAUUAAACCAAAGGAGUUUUAUAUGAGACGUAUUUAUUGAAACGAAAUUAUUGUAAUUUUGUAUGAAAUUAAAGUCUAUUUUGUAUUAGA